AUGUCGAUAACAAAAUCCCUCGCAGCCUUUGCGCUCUUCACUUCUCUCGCCCUAUCAGACAGCAUACCUCUUAAUUCUCGUGCUACGCCUUGCACGCCAGCAGCAGGUGGAUCUCCUUCAAUUGAUGAUGUUCCUGCUAUCAAAUCGGCAAUUGCUUCAUGCGGCAAGGGAGGCACUAUAGUCAUUCCCGCUGGCAAAACCUACUACCUAAACAGCGUACUAGAUUUUGCGGGAUGUGUUGGCUGUGACUUCCAGAUAGAAGGGCUCUUGAAAUUCAGCUCGUCGACUGAUUUCUGGGAGGGAAAGACAGCAAUGAUCGAUAUCAAGAAUAUUAAUGGACUCAAGAUCCGAUCUUUGACUGGGAGUGGAGUGAUUGACGGAAAUGGGCAAAAUGCAUGGGAUCGUUUCGCUGGAGACAGCAGCUACGCCCGCCCAACCCUGCUGUACAUUACUGGUGGCUCUAACAUCGAGGUCUCAAACCUCCGCCAAAAGAACCCACCUAACGUCUUCAACUCCGUCAAGGGUGACACCAAGACCGUGAUCUUUGCUGAUCUCGAAAUGGACGCCGUAUCCAAGAGCAAGAGUGAGCCGAAGAACACAGACGGCUUCGACAUCGGUGCCAGUACAGACGUCGUCAUCAGCAACGUGCAUGUGAAGAACGACGAUGACUGCGUGGCAUUCAAGCCCGGUGCAAAUGGCGUUACAGUCACGGAUAUUACCUGCACUGGGAGCCACGGACUUUCCGUUGGGUCACUGGGGAAGAGUUCCGCCGACUCAGUUAAGAACGUGUACGUGUCUGGCGCGACAAUGAUUGACUCUACCAAGGCGGCCGGUAUCAAGACAUAUCCCUCCGGUGGAAAGCAUGGCAUCUCAACUGUGAGCAAUGUUACCUUCACAGGUGUUGUGGUUGAUGGAUGUGACUAUGCGAUUCAGAUUCAAAGUUGCUAUGGAGAAAAGGCUGAUUACUGUGUGGAUCAUCCUGGAAAUUCGGAGUUGACUGGUAUCACUUUUGACAAGUUCAGUGGAACGACGAGUGGGAAGUAUAAGGCUGUUACCGGCAGUCUUUCUUGCGGAUCUGGCGGAAAAUGUGAUGUCAAGGUUGGUGCUUAUACUGUUAAGGCGCCAUUUGGGGGCAGUGAGGUGCUCUGUGCUAAUACCCCGUCGAAUUUGGGGGUGAAGUGCACACCAGGGGCUUCGGGGUGA